CCCGCGUAGGUUAUCGAAUUGCAGGACAGAAUGUUAAUUUCGAAUCUCUUUGUAAAAAGUUUUGUGUGCAACGUCUUGUGACGCCGAUAAAUCGUACGACAAAUGUUGUGUGUAAACGGCGCUUUACUUUACAUAAUAGAGUUGGGUACUGGUCGAAUUUACUAGGAAAAAGUGAACUAAAAGAGAAGAGUACAUUUGGUCAUUUGCAGAUCAGAUAAAUCAUCUAAUUAUAAGCACACAGUUAACCUUAAGGUUAACAUCAGGGUCGAAUAAAUAAAUAAACUAUUUAUAUCAUGCGCCGGGCCGGUAAAAUUGAAACAGAAAAGUGGUGGGAGAGCUUUUAUUUGUUUGCAUUGUAAAUGCAGUCCAGUGUGCAGCCGUGCAGAACAUUGACCUUUCUUAUAAAUAAAUGUGACGCGAUGCGGAAUUGAAUGUGUCGAUUUUGAAGCUUGAUUUAAAGGCAGUUGGGGUUUUAUUGUGUCCAAUUAUUGACAUGGUUUUCGCGAUAUAAAAGAAACAGAACUCGGAAUACAUCACUUACUGCCUGCCAAAAGAUUAUAAUCACUUUGAAACUCCACUUUGCGCUUUGUGAUAAAAUAGAGGAAGCUGUGUCUUGCUGGAUUUCUCACAUUGAAGCAGAUGGGAAGGCUUUUUCUUAUCGGGUAGUUAACAUUUGUUUUUCUCAAUUUUAUCAGCAGUAGGUAUUUGUGUACAUUCCCCUUAAAGACCUGAAGUAGAUUACUUGGUUACACAAACAGAAAGUAAGCAUUAUCAAUUAAUUUUUGAUCAUGGGUGCUAGUAAUUCUACAUCAAAUGAAAAGCAUGAACUACAACAAUUAGAAAAGGGCAGGGAUCAGUUAACAGCAGAGUUAACUCGUUUCGACCAGUAUUUAAACAAAUUUUCUCCUGAAAAUGAUGAUAUAGAACCUCUUCAAAUAAGACUUGAAAAAAUUGAGCCCAUAUUAGACGAUUUUAAGCACAUACAAAAUAGCAUAGAAGAAUUAUUGAUUAGUGAUUCGUCUCUUGGUAAUACAACAGGGGAUGAACAUGAGGUUUUUGAAGACCGCUAUUAUGAUGUGAUUGCUCGUGCUAGGAAAAUUGUUCAAAACACUGUAAACGAACCCUCGGCACCAGAAGGCACCAGUGCAAAUGACCAAUCUAUAUUAUACGUCACUAGUUCACAAGUUCCUCAGUUGCCACAAUUUUCUGGUGCUCAUCACGACUGGCAACGCUUUCAUGAUGACUUUAUGACGAUGGUUUACAACAAUAAUUCACUAAGCAAUAAUGACAAAUUCAAUUGCCUUAAAAACUGCUUGGCAGGGGAACUCGCCGAGAUUAUUGCUUGUUUACCAGAUGCACAAGCAAAUUUUACGACAGUCUGGGAAAUAUUAAAAGCCAGAUUUGAAAAUAGAAAAAUUAUUGUUAAUUCUCAUCUUAAAGAAAUUGUAGACCUGCCGGUCCUGUCAAAAGGAUCACAUACAUUUAUAAAAAACCUUCAUAACACAUUUCUAAAAAAUGUUAGCGCUUUGGAAAGUCUCGGCGAAAACGUCAAAGACUGGGACACUAUCUUAAUUUAUCUAGUAAUUAGCAAGUUAGAUUUCAAUUCCAGGCGAGAAUGGGAAAGCUUCAGUAAAGAUAUAAGGUUUCUAAAAGUAAGCCACUUGAACAUAUUUUUGACCAACCGGUACCGUAUUCUAGAAGGCAAAUUUAGUAAUACAAAUCAACGGCAGACACAAGAUUCUCGGGAUGCUGGAAUUUCUGGCGUUCGUAAUCCUACGUGCAGCUUUUGCAAAGGAAGUCAUGUUAUUUUUGCUUGUCGACAAUUUAAAAGUUUGUCAGUGGAUUCGCGAUUGCAGCGUGUAAUAGAAUUAAAAAUAUGUAAAAAUUGUUUAAGACCAGGCCAUAAGGUUAGAGACUGCCAUACAAGCAAUGUGUGCAAAAAAUGUGGCGCUAAGCAUGCUACCUUACUGCAUCAGUCAGUUGGGCAACAAGGGAAUCAACAAGACACUCCUCAAGUGCAGCAAGUUCAAGUGCAAUCUAGGCAGCAAGUUGAUAGCGGAAUGUCAGAGGGUUUGAGAGCUGCAGUCACUUUGGUUACAAACUAUUUAAAGUGGAAUAGAUAAGAAUUUGUUACUUUUUUUGUUUUUUUGCGUCAUUUGAUAGAUGUUACUGUUUUAGCGUACGUUUGUGUAUGUCUGAAAUUGAUUCAGAAGGGGCACAAAUCCGUGGCUAGAAGUUUUACAUACGGACGGAAAAAUUGUUCUUCUUGAAAAGUUGCUUAAAAUGAUCUAAAACGUCAACAUGCAAACCACGAAGUGAAAAAUUGCACUGGUUUUGUCAAUCAAACUAUUCCCUAGCGAAAUAUUGAGUGUAUUCCUUAAUACCAGUCGUGCUUCACCUUUUGAAUCUACAAUGGAGUACAAGAUUGAAAUUUGGUAGACUAAUAAAUGCCCAGUUACUAACGUGUAUUACCAAAGAUGGGAUUUUUUAUAGUUAUACUUAUAUAACUUAUAUUUUAUCUAAUUUUUAAUAUUCUCUAUGCAUUGGACGAUUUUUUCGAGCCUUAAAGAGACUUAACAGCCUGUUUUAAUGCAAUAUCAAACGUUUCUAUCUAUGAGAGCGGUAAAAAAAUGUUUUGUUCGUAUACUUUAGCAAUUUAAGAGGAAUUGUACAAAAGAAGUUUACCUUUCCUUUGUGUUCCGAUCCUAAUGACCAAGGACCUUUACUGUCGGCGGAUUCAAUUAUUCGCAAUGACUGCCAAUCAUCAGCAGGAAACAUAGUUGAAAACUUUGUUGGCAUUUCUUGCUUACUUUGCCUGCAUCAUUAUUUGGGAUGUGCGUGUUAGAACGGUGGAAGAGGAACUGAGAACAAACCACAUUCCUGUGAAAUUUCGUCACACCUAUGAGCACAAUAUUUCAGUGGCCUGUCUGGUGCAUAGAGACAAUAAGGUUCCUUACUCAUUGAUGUCAAUAUUGAUUAGUUUUCUGUUUAGUGUUAGGUUAUUGUUAAAUGUAUGUAAUGUGUAGAUUUAUUAUGUGCUACUUGCUUACUUUGUGAUCUGUAUUAAAAUUUUGUAUUUGGUUAAAAAUUCCUAUGUUUAUAUAAAACGAGCUGUUUGACAUUUUAUACAGGGUGUUACAAGUAUGUAAUAAAAAUUUGGUUGGUGGAGGAGAUCAAAAUAAGCACUUUUUGCCCCUUCCGAUUUUGCAAAAAAAUUUUCGAAAUGUCUACUGGCGCACCCCUAACUGAGGGUACAAAAAAAUUCUGAUUCUCACGAAAUUUGGUACCUGGGGGUUUUUUUGAACAUAAAUAUCACAAAUAUGAAAUUAGUUUUUGAAAAAUCGAAAAAAAAUUCCACUGCAAUUUGUGGUGUACAUACUUGAUGAGUUAAGGAACACAAUUGUCGAACAGUUUUCUUAAAAUAACUAUUCAAACAAAAGUUAUACUCAUUUGAAGAUUGGGCCUUCAGGGUACAAAGUGUCCCCCGCCUACUAGUGAGUGAUCUAAUUUCGCUUGUAGUUGUUUGAAAAUGUGGCAAAUAAAAAAAAUAACAAAAAAGAAACCAACUAAUUAACAACCUGUAGGGUUGAUUUAGACUAAAUCAAAUUAUUGUUGUAGUGUAAACAAAUUAUCUUUAACCAAUGUGAACCAAUAAAUAUUUAUCUUAAUUUUUU